ACCACGAAACACACACACAGCCCUUUUUAGUUGGGGAGUGAGGAAAAAAAAAGGAGGCUCAACUCAAGUCAUACCUACACUAUUUAUUAUUAUAGUUGCUAUAUAUUACUUAACUAUUCAUUGCUCAUACCCUCUUCUCCCCCAUUUACUUUGCACCACCAUUCCAUUUUUUUAUCUAUCCCCCUUUCCUUUUCCUUUUCCCCAUCUCUUCAAAAUCCAAACUUCCCUUUACCUUUACCUUUAACCUAUUUCUCUCAAAAUCGAACGGCCAUGAACGGCGCCGACGAGGAGUGGGUCAAAGCCGCCAUGUCAGACGACGCGAUGGUCGUCGAGCUCCUGGUGCGUCUCCACCACGCGCCGCCGCCUCUGCUCGAGCGGGCCCCUUUAUCCCUGAGGUGGAGCGUCCGCCAGCGCAGAUCGAAACCCGUUUCGGCACACAGCAAUUCGAAGAAACCGGCUCGCAGCCAUCGAGGCAGCCCCACCACGCCCCUUUCGUGGAGCGGCGCCACCUCCUUCAGCGGCGGAGGAGCCGGCUCCGAGGAGUCUAGCCGCACGACGCCCAUCAAACCCUCCAGCACAUCGAGAUCUAAGGUCAACGUUGAUGGUGAGAAAACCGACUCCAAGAGGUCAAGAAGAAGGAAGACACUGGCAGAACUCAAAAUCGAAGAGAACUCGCUGGUGAAGGAAAGAAAAAAUUUGAAAAGGGAAAUGGCAACCUUACGUUUGUAUGUGGAGAGACAAAGGGCCACAAAUGGAAAUUUGAAGAGAUUGAAGGUUGAAUUGCAAACCUGUUUAGAUGAAGAAUCGAAAUCUGCAGCCGUAACAUCAACUGUCAGUGACAUUGCACAAAAAUCAUCAACAUCAAAUCCAUGCUCUGAAGCAAAAAGUGAUGCGAAAUUUGUUCUUCCCGACCUAAAUAUGCCAUUUGACGAUCCCGAGCUUUUAUGUUAAUUGGGGAAAUCAGCAGUAUAAUCAGACAGUCACCCAACCUUUUAGUGGCGACUCUGUUCUUGUGUUCGGCCAAAGGACGGACCACAAAACAAAGUAUAAUUAAUGGAAUUAAUGGAACAAAACUAUACUGAAUAAGGGCUAACCCUUUAUUUCAUCUCUUUUAGGAUUAUCCACUGUUGUAACUAUGUCACAGAACUCGAUUGACUACCGACAGAUUCANAAAAAAAACUGGUAGUAGCGAUUGUACUUGCCAGCGGCUAGAAUCUAUUCUUUUGUUUUUCCCUUCUUUUUUCAGUCAGUUUCAUAGUUGAUGUAAGUUUAGAUAAUCUCACGUAUAUUAGAUACAGCAACUUAUGUUCUUUUUUUAUUUUUACCCCUUUUUUUUUCUGAAAAAUUAUGUUUUUCUAAGCCUUUUGUUUCAUUGUGGGGAUAUUUUGUAGGUAAGAUUACAAAUGUGAGAUGGAAAUACAUGUUUAUCUCCUAGGAAGGGAAUACUUUUGAUAGAUUAUUCAGAUUUCGAUAGAUUAUUCAGAUUUCUUGCUUUUCUCACAUGACAUGUUUUGAAUUGAAAGCUAGUGGUGGAGAGCGAAAAAACAUAGUCAUAUGUAUUCUUUACACUUUCUAAGUGCAGAUCGAAUCUUGUGCUGAUCUCAGUUGGAACUUUUGAACAGUGGAUCGAAUAAACUAUAGUUGCUUUGUUAGAGUCUUUAUAGACAGCUUAGUGAAGCGGAUCUGUGGUAAUUAUCUUUCUCAAACAUAUUAUAUUCUUAAUACAUAAAUUUAACGUUUUUUGUUGUUUUGUGUGACACUCAGUUUUAUACGCUGUCGUAUCGUACAUAUUUUUUAAAUGCUUUAAUCAUUGUGAUCCUUCUUCGGAUCUCUAUCGAAAAAGACAAAUAGAAUUUCUCAUAUCCAGACAGAUAGAGGGGAAUUUAAAACAAUUACACGUCUUGAUUAGAAAAACCAAUUUAAAACAAAUUGAAGGAUCAAAAAGGAAAAAAAAAAAAUAAAAAAAUGAAGACCUCUCUCCUGCAAUGUAUUAUUACAAUGCAGAGGGGUAAACAACAGCACGUAAAACUAGAUCACUUUUAACAUAGAAUGAGGCAGCUAUUAUAAUUUAUAUAUACCUUAAGUCUGCCAUUUAUUACUGCAUAAGUAUCUACAAAAAAAGGGGCACAUAACACAUAACCUGUGGCCCGACGACUAGCUAGGCUUCUCAAGUUCGGACCCCAACCGAUUUCAAGGUUUCAACUCCUGGCGAGCCGUGAGUGGGCCCAUAGCGCGCAUGCUCGUCUACAUUGUGGCCGUGCCUUUCUUGAAUGCGCCCGACUUUCCUUAGGAACGACUUAUGGACAAACUUGUCGGCAGAGCUGACGAUAUCGUCGGGUGAUUCGACCUCCGGGAUGCACUCCCUCCUCUUCUUGGUGACCUGUUAAAUUAAACGAGUCUAGCUUGAAUCGAGCUCAUUUGAAGCUCGUUUGGUUAACGAUCUGAGCUCAGCUCGGCUUGAUAAGGCUCGUUAAAUCUCGAAAAAAAAGAAUUUUCACAUAAUUUUUUAUAGUUCGAGUCGUUAUAGCUCGGGAUUAGCUUGUUAAGGUUUAAACUCGGCUUGUUAUCAGGGAUAAACGAGCCGAGCUCGAGCUCGAGCUCGAUUUUAGGCUCGCUUGGUUAACGAUCUGAGCUCAACUCAACUUGAUAAGGCCCAUUAGAGCUCGAAAAGAGAAUUUUUUAGACAUUUUCUACAGUUCGACUCGUUAUACUUCCAGAUCAGCUCUGAUCUCUUUAAAAGU